AUGGGUUUAAAUUCUGAAUUCAAUAUCGGAACACCACUUACUAGGCAUGAUAGAUCUGGCCUGGACUUUCUCAAACAGGCUCAGUUUAAUACAAGUUUAUAUUCUUUUUUAUCAGAGAAAAAAGACGAGAAAUUAGAUAAAGAAAAGUGCAGCAGUGUUCUUUCUGUCAUCUUUGAUGAAAUACCUCGUAAUGAAAUAUCAAUGUCUUUUUCUUAUCUUAAAGCACAAAAGUUGCCUGAAAAAUUAGAGUUUUGUGAUUCCCAUCCUCUUCUCAUGGGUAGUGCAAGAGCUGGAGAAGGAAAAUUUCGUAUUGCACAAGAAUUGCCAAAAUUGCUAAUUGAAUGUACAAAUGAUGAUGUUGACUUACAGAAUCGACUUAAGUCUGCUCUUAAUGAUUUCAAGAAUCAAUAUGAAGUAACACCAGAAAAAGUAUUGCGCCAUAUUGCUAGACAUCGCAAUCAAGAAUUUGAUGAUCUGAAAGUAAUUAUUAUUCUAGAUGGUCUUCAAGUGGCAAUGAAUGAUUCUGAUGAUGAUAAAAAUAAAGAAUCUUUUUUUUACAAUUGCAUCUGCUUACUUGGCAUUCUUUCGCUUUUCGGUCCAUUCAUUUUUGUUACUUGUUGUACAGCUACCAUUAGCAUGCUCAUUCACAAUUUCCUUGCCAGUUCACAAAAGAGAGUUUUUCUUCCAGUAACAUUAUUAAAACCUCUGAAAAUAAACAACAACCCAGUUUUUAUCGAUAAUUCAGUCAUGAAGAUGCUUAUAAAUAAUAUGGGUGGAUGGUUAAGUAAAACUAUUUAUUUGAAACCAGUUCUACGCAUUAUUCUUUCACGUACACAAGUUGACAAAAAUCAAGAUAUUUCUACAUUUGAAGGGAAAGGAUUAAAAAUAGAUGAUAUAACACAAUUUGGUCUCAUUCGAUUUGAGAGUCAAAUACGCAAUAGAACAGAGGACUCAAGCAUACCACCCG